AUGGAAAAUAUAAUUCAAGUGAUUGAAGAGAUAUUGUCCUCCUAUGAUUUGCAACCAUUCGUAUUUGAUAUAGUUUGGGUAUGUGAUAGACAAAGUAGCCUGAAGAAAACGUUCUAUCAAACCGAAAUAGAUGAGGCAAAAAAAGAUACAGUAUUUGGUGAUUAUUAUAUUGAUUCAAUUGACGAUGACGAUGAUCAAAUUAAUGGAAGUAAUAGCGAAGAAGAUGAUAGCUCUUGUGAUGAUGAUAAAUUACUUAAUAAAAGAACCACAUCUGUUAGUUAUACCUCUACAACACCAAGCCCAAUCAAUGUUCUCACUAUUCUUGCUCAAUUACUAUUAGUUUCAAAACGUAUUUUAGUAACUAUUAUCCAGUACAAAGAGCUGGUGAAGUCUUUAAAUCCAUUCCUUGAAAUAUUUAAUGAAAAAAAUUUGAAUAAGGAAAGAAUUAAUAUAAUUAUAUCAUCUAUACUAGAUAAAAUAAUUGAUUUUUUAAAACCAUGGACUCAUAUAAAGAAACGUAUUCAAUCAUUGCAAGUACCAUCAAUACAUACGCCAAGUGAUUAUAAACAAGAAAAAGGUAUCGAUUUUUUACGUCAACGAGAACAACAAUAUGUUAAAUCAUCUGCAAACAAGAAACCAGUUUCAUUAUCAACAAAUGCUUUAUUUCUAAAUGUAACAGAUUUUUAUUUAAAUGUAGAAUUUGUUGACGAAGAUCAUGCUGAUCAAUACGCUACUACUCGGGUUUUAGCUGUACCAGCUACCAGUGCACCAGUUGAACGCGAGUUCAGCUUUACUGAUAAUACUAUUACACAAAAGCGCUCAAAAUUAUCACCAGAUUCAGUGAAUGAUAUUGUUUUCAAUCAUUAA